UACGACAGUAAAUCGCUUUUGACCAUGUUGCUAGGAUACGCCUUCUACUCAUCAAGGUUCUACCGUCUUUCCUGCUGGGAGGAAUGUAACUGUAUCGAAGUAAACGGUCAUUAUUGCACCAUUCUCAAGUGUCUCCCUUUAAGAGGGACAUGCUUUUCAACCUGAUUCACUUUGUAUGACCUGUCAAAGAAAAAGUGAUGGAUUCUCAAGAAAGUUUGUCUGAUGAAGUCAAGUCAGAUGAUGGAGGGAAUGAAAGGCGACAAACAGAUGAAAAAGAGGAACUCUCUCAUAUAGCGCAAACAUCUAACAAAACUAAAGACUGUGUACCAGUAGAGAGUAUACCAGAUGACCUAACUUCUCAGAAUUCAGUGAUCUGUGGUUCUGCCUGCAGAGUGGAGGAAUCUGUUCUUGCAGACAACAGAAGUAACCCAGAUCUGUCCCACAGCUCUAAUGGACAAAAAUCCAAAAGACCCAAUUCACCUGGUUCUCCACCAGUUAAAACAACCUGUGUUGAUACGCACUCCCCAACUCCAAAACUCACUCUUAAUCUUAGUAGUAGUCCCAGAAAAGCUGCAGGCACACCCAGUGACGUGGAGAUGAUGAGUCCUGACAGUCCAGGUUGUAAAAUCACAAUUAACACCUCUGCACAUACAUUUGUUGAUGGAAGCACUUGUGCAGAAGAAACAACGCAGACAAUGGAGUUUCAGCUGGAAUCCCAAUAUUCUAACUCUGGAACUUCCGCCAAAGAAAGAGUCCGUCCAACUCCCACAAGCAGCGGAGGUGUUGAGAUUGUAGAUUGCAGUGGCCCAUCUAGGAUGAGCCCAGACCCAACUGAAACCCAGUCAGAUGCAAGUUUAAAAAGCAGGGAUUUAGACAAAGCGUGGCUGGGGACGCCCAUAAGUGAGUUCAACCGAAUACCUCAGUGCGCUCCUCCUCUGUCGUACCUGAAAGCAGCACAUAAUCACACUGUCACAAUCCGGACAGAUCUAUUGAGAGAGGAAGAUGUCCUUGUCUCUUACCCCACUAAGUUCAGAGAUGCGUGGGAUGACGGGAUGGUGAAGAUGCCCUGCUCUGAGAAGAAUCUUUUUCCUGUGGAGACUGAGGAUGGAAGUGGUGUCCAGAGUCGGUGGGAUCUAAUCAAAACUGCUCUGACGAGAGGGUUCAAAAGUUGCCUGGAUGUGAGGGAUGCAAUUUUGAGGUACCACACGUCUCACGCAAAGAAAUGGGACUUCACUGCCUUGAAUCUUCUCUGCACUGAGUAUCUUGAGCAUUGCGAGGUGCAAUACCUUUUUGACACCAUACUACCUUCCAUGGUUAAACUAGCUUUGAGUGCUCCCCACCUCUGCACGAUGCCAAUCCCUUUACUCAAGUCAAGUAUGAAUCAUUCCCUGACUAUGUCUCAGGAGCAAAUAGCCUGUCUUCUGGCCAAUGCCUUCUUCUGCACAUUCCCUCGGCGAAACUCCCGCAAGUUUGAGUACAGCAAUUACCCCGAGAUCAACUUCUACAGGUUGUUUGAAGGUGCCUCAACAAGAAAAAUUGAGAAGUUGAAAACUCUACUUUGUUACUUCAGGAGAGUGACGCAAACAAAACCCGAAGGUCUUGUUACAUUCACAAGACAAACACUAAACCAGCCUCCAAACUGGGAAAGCUCUCAGAUUCAGCUGACACGUCUACAUAUCACCUGUGAGGGGACUAUUGAGAGUGAAGGAUACGGCAUGCUCCAGGUGGACUUUGCAAACAGGUUUGUAGGUGGUGGGGUCACAGGACACGGACUGGUCCAGGAAGAAAUCAGGUUCCUCAUCAACCCUGAACUCAUUGUUUCUCGCCUCUUCACUGAAGCUCUCGAACACAACGAAUGCCUCAUCAUCACAGGAUCUGAACAGUACAGCAAAUAUUCUGGUUAUGCUGAGAGUUACAAAUGGGUGGAGAGCUACAAAGAUGAGACACCCAGGGACGACUGGCAGAGGAGGUGUACAGAGAUUGUGGCCAUUGAUGCUCUUAGAUACAGACACUUUCUAGAGCAGUUUCUUCCUGAAAAGAUAACCAGAGAGCUAAAUAAGGCGUAUUGUGGAUUCUAUAGAAACAACGCUAACGUCAAGCACCUCUCUGCGGUAGCUACAGGCAACUGGGGCUGUGGAGCUUUUGGUGGCGACACAAGACUCAAAGCUCUGAUUCAGAUGAUGGCGGCCGCAGAGGCUGGGAGAGAUGUAGCAUACUUUACAUUUGGAGAUGCUCAGCUCAUGAGAGAUGUCCAUGAGAUGCACACUUUUCUCACUGAGAGACAAGUCACUGUUGGCCAGCUGUACGUCCUUUUUGACCACUACUUCAAUGAAAUGUGCAAAAACUGCCACACAAGUCGACCUGUCGUCAGCCUCUAUGAAUUCAUCUACAGUAAAGUCUCCUGUCCUGCAAUGUUCAGCCCCGCUCAGAAUUCUGGGAUGUCGCCUUUGUCAUCAGAUGCUCACUAACAGAAGGACUGCUGUGAACUUUGUUCCACUUUGUGUUUCUGUAAGACAGAUUCCAGGUUCUCAAACUGUACCAUGCUCUCUCUCUCUCUCUCUCUCUCUCUCUCUCUCUCUCUCUCUCUCUCUCACACACACGCACGCACACACACACACACACACGCACGCACACACGCACGCACGCACGCACGCCCUUUAAGUUUGUGGUUCCAACUCACAAACUACCAAAGCAGGACUUUGCCUUUAAAGCUGACAGUUUUACAGGAGCCUCAUAGCUUGACACAACAACUGAUCCUAUAGCAAUAGUAAACUCUUGUUGCUGUUAGCGGCCUCUAUUUAAUGUAAAUCUGAUCUUGAAUAAAAAAAAUAAAAAGAUAAACUUAAAAUGGCCAAAUAUUUAUUGUAUGCAUGACUGCGGUGAUGUUUCACCAUUGAUGGAUUGAUGAAGACACGAUAUUCCUUCCAGGUUAUCUUGUCCUACUUGGUCAUUGCUCCUGCUUUUGGAUGAUUUGUUGUUUGUGGUGACCGUACUCAGGCUGUGGUGUCAGUGUAGAGAGAUGAUGCCAUACUGUAGUCUAUGCAUGGAUAACAUUAAUUUAUCAAGUAAUCUCCAAAUAUUGCUAUUUCUUUUGUAUCCUCUGUGAUGUUUUAAGUUCAACAUAUAUGAUUUUUCUGGUUUGUUUAAACGAGGAAAAUCACGUUCCACGGCUAUUAAAUCCAUCUCAGAUGGAACAUUUACGGUCAGUUCAGGUUGACCUUAAUUUAUAUUCAGAGAAAAUGUAAAGUUAUCAAAUAUAAUUAGUGGUAACCACAUUAUUAUUACUGUAUAGAUGGGGAAACAAAAAGAAAUGCACAGGAAUCAUUAUUUUUGUUAGGAUUUUUUCCUUAUGUGGGUUUGUUCUUCAUUUACAGUAUUUUCUUACCAACAAUUAUGAUUUAUUGAGUGAUUGGUUUUAAACUAAGGCUGUAAAUGUGCUGCAUAACUGUACUUUAGGUUUUUAGGUUGUGCUAUUUUUAUUGUAAUUUCUCAAAGCAUAACCUGAAAAACUGAUUUUUUGUUGAAAUCAAUCUAAAACUAAACGAUGGAGAUAAAACAA